AUGGCAAUAAAAGUUGCAGUUGUCGGAGCCGGUGCGUAUCUCUCACCCGAUCGCAAUGAGCAGCAAACUUAUUACACCACGGAGUUUCCAGGCAUUUCGGGCCUUGCUACAGCUAAGCAAUGCCUCGCGGAAGGAUUUUUGGUGACUGUCUUCGAAGCCCGCGACAACAUCGGUGGCCAAUGGUACUACGAAGAACCCGACCCUGCCACCAGCCAGGCCCAGUCCUCCAUGUACGAGGGCACCAUUUCCAACACGUGCCGCGACACGUCGAGUUUCAGUGAUUUUCCCAUGGAUCCAGCGCGAUAUCCGGAUUUCUACGGCCAUCGGGCUUCCCUACAGUAUCUCCAUGAAUAUGCGGAUUACUUCGGGCUCAAGCAGCACAUCCUGUUCAACACGAAGGUCGUUUCAUGUCAGCAGGUGGAAGAUAAUCGAUGGAAUAUCAAAUACACAACAAAAAACAAAGAGUCAAGGGAAACAGUGUACGACGCUAUUUUGGUAUGCUCCGGCAAGAGCACAAAACCACACAUACCUGCAUUCAAGGGGAUGGAAAGCUUUCAGGGUUGGCUCUUCCACAGUCAUAUUUAUCGCCGACCAGAAGGGUUCAGUGGGAAGAGAGUCGCGAUUAUCGGAUUGAGUAACUCUGCCGCCGACAUUGCGUCUGAAAUAUGCGGGCAGACGGAGGAAUGCCAUCUGGUGACGAGAAGAGGAGGGUGGGUGUUACCACGGUACAUAUUCGGCAAGUCGAUACAUGCAUGGAAUAGCCGGUUCUCGCAAUCGGUGCUCCCGGCAUCCAUCUCAAAAUGGGGCCUGACAACGCUCAUCCAGCUUGUUGCGGGGGAACUUCCACCGGAACUGCAACCGGAGCACGAUAUUCUGGGAGCGAAUCCUGCGAUCCAUUCCAGCCUGAUCGAGAAUAUAAAAGUGGGACGUAUCACCCCUCACCGCGCCAGCGUGGAAGAGAUUACCGCCACGGGAUUGUCACUGACAAACGGAUUGACACUCAACAAUCUGGACGCAAUCAUACUCUGUACCGGAUACGACAUCGACUACCCAUUUAUCUCCGAAGACUGCUAUCGCUCCAAACACAGCAAGUUCAUGGACUCUCCAAAUUCGGUGCAUCUAUACCGAUUGACCGUUCCUCCUCAUAUCCGCAAUCUAUUUAUCAUGGGCGUGUUUCAACUACCCGGGCCGAUUCAGCCCGCCGUGGAAUUACAGGCGCGAUGGGUCACUGCGAUAUUAACGGGGAGGAUCCAGCUUCCACCGGCUGAACGGAUGUUCGAAUUGAUCGCAUCUGAAGAGGAGGAACGGGCCAGACAGUGGAUCCAAUCCGACCGACACACCGUCUCCGCCCACUUCCUCCCAUACUGUGACUCGCUGGCCAAUGAUCUCGGCGCAGCUCCGACCUUCGGGCGCCUUCUCUCGCGGAUCUUCACCUUCUCCUCGAACCCAAUCCGUGCGAUUCCAAUUCUCCACGCGGUGUAUUUCGGGAUGUGUUCGAGUGCGCAAUAUCGGCUCUUCGGGGACGGGAGCAACCCUGAGAUCGCAACGGCUACUAUUCUCAGGCUUGCGAGAGGUGGAAAGCAAUUGAGUGAGGAGGAAAAGAUUGUUUUAACUAAAAGAAGCGAGGGUACAAGUGCAAGUGCCGUUUCCCAUGUCGAUACUAUCAUUUUUGACGAUGCUAAGGUUGCGAAGGGAGUCUAG